AUGCCACGAUGCAGCGAGCCCACCAGAUGCACCCUCCCGGCGCGGCACGGCGCCGGGCCGCUCGUCGGCGCGGCGUGGGUGCUCGAGGAGCUCAACCGGCGCAUCGACCGGUUCACCUAUCGGCCAGAGUCCGUCAAGGAGCUCCCCUCCUCGGGCUGGUCGACGCCGCCGCAUUUUGCGAAUGCCGACGAGCAGGCCAACCUGAACGACAUCAUCGCGUCGUCUCUCAACGGCGCCCCCACGUUUGCGGCCGGCGUCGAGUUCUACGAGGCCCGCUUCAAGAAAGACAAGGGGUCGCAGGAGGCAGCCAAGCGGAUGCAGGACGGCCGAUGGACGCGCAAGCAGCAGCAGGGCGAUGUCGCGCCGGCGCGCCAGCGGCUCGUCUCGCUCAAGCCAGACCAUAGCCUCGACAAGGUCGUCCACCUGUGCAAGAUGGACUCGUGGGGCGCCGUCUCCGCCGCCCCGCUCCGCGUGCCCGGCAACGCCUCUGCGCCCGCCGCGUCGCUGCUUCUCGCGCCCGAGUGGCUCUUCUCUCACUUUCCGUACGGCAUCUUCUUCCCGGCGUACCGCGUCUGCCACGCCGCCUC